ACCAGCCCACUAAACAAAAGUAAAAGAGCUGACGGAUCUGCGAUAUCAUGUGCUGCUCUACGCACAGUCAAAGUCGUGGAAUAGAUGACUGGGACUUUGCGCAAAAUAUAAUUUGAAAACAUUUUAUUUUAUGAUUUUUUAUUUUAUUUUUUUUUUAUUUUUUUCGUUCAUGACAUGAUGCCAGAUCGCCAUGGGCUUCCAUAUAUCCUCCCAGUGCAAACAUGCCAGUCCUUAAAAACCUCCCAGCUCGGCUGAAGGUGGGCAGGUUUAGUGUGGACUUGGAGACUACACGCAGUGAGCUAAUUCUCAGAAAAAUGAGCCUGAACCACAGUCUAUUUGAGGAGCCUGGCUCCGAUGAGGACUGGCCCAGAAGCAAUGGAGGCUCACUUCUGGAUGGGGGUGUGCCCCGAGACAGGAACCCAUUUGAGGAUGAGGAAGAUGAAAAUGAGGCUAAUGAGGUGCGGCGUGGAGGAUCAGGGAAAGGAAGCUCCAUCAAAGGCACACUGGAACGCAUGAAGGGCGUAUCUCCACUCAAGACCCUGGGCAAGCUGGGCAAGAACCUACGCAUGUCAGCCAGGAGCAAGGGCAGGGACACCCCCUCACCACAGAGCUCUAUAGGUUCAGCUUCACCCAUGUCGAGGAAGAAGAAAGGCAGACGGAGUUCAGAGGGGAGCCUGCUACGAAUGGCAGGAAAGUGUAAAGAUCGCAAGGAGAGUUUGACCAAUGGUGACCUGUGCUCAGAAACUGAUGCUGACUCGACCAGUCGUCGACUCUCCUUCCUGAAGAUGGUGGGCAAGGGCAAGAUAAAGAGGGAGUCCUUGCAGGACCACUCAUCAUCACAGGGGCCUGAGGAAGAGCCAGUGGAGGAAGUGCCAGAAGUCACACCCAGGGAGCCACUCUCAGUAUUGGAGAUCCUGCAGCUGGUGACGAAAAGAGACUUGUUUUUGGCCGACACUCACAUCCUGGAGCUGGAGCAGGAGUGUCGGGAGGCCGAAUCUCCACCAGCAGGAGGCACUGAGGAGUUCAGCAGCCCCAGCAGCAAAGACAGCAGUCGGCGAAAAGCCAAAGAUGUGGAGCUGCUGUAUGAGGCCCUGCAGAAAGAGCUGUGGGACGUGGUGAGGGAGUCUUUGCGUUCCUCCACUGCUGGGCCCAAUUUGGGCCUGGUGGUACAGGUGCUUCAGCAGGAGGAACAGGCCGAUCGGGACUGGGCUCAGAGCAAGGGAGCCGCUCCAGAAGGCCCACGGCCGAGGGAGUUCAAAAAACGCUGGAGGGAGGCAGUAGUCGAGUUGGCUGACGGAAACUUACCCCAGCAUGAAGAAGCCCAAGAGGGUGAGCUGGCGGCCUACCUGGAUAAACUCCGGGUUCGGAUGGUGGAGGAUCUAGGAGCGGCUCGCCGUAAUGUGGUGUCUGUGUAUCCUGCAGAAUAUGACUCCUUCCAAGUGUACACACAGAGCUAUCACCAGGCUGUUACGCGUCGUCUCCAAGCUAUCACUAAUGAAGAUCUGCAAAUCACAGAUAUAUAUUCUUUGCUAGACUGGCUUUACAACAUCUAUAACAGGGAUGUCCUUGGAACAAUCACCAUAACAACACCCAUUAACCUCUCACAGCUCGGUCCACUGCUGCCAGCGGAGAAAAUUGAAAAACUGGAGCUUGACUGCCUCAACUCUGUCAGGGGGAAAGUGACCACUGAGCUGUGUCAGUUUCUGGAGGAGGAGGAGAAGAGAUGGCUGGACACCCUGGACAUCGAAGAGUUUCAAAUACCUCUGGCCCGUACUGUUAUUAAGAGGCUACAGGAGGACCUUGAGAGAUCUGCCGCCAUAAACCGACAUUUGGGCUCACGAGUAGCUCAGUGCAGUCUCAAUGGACUUGCAGAUUUUUUAUACAGCUUUCAGAGAAAGGUGGAGAUGUUCCACGAGGGGCUAGUGAGUGGGUUUGGAGAAAAUGAAGAUGGUUACAUAGCCAAAACCAUUGCCCUUGUCAACUGCUGUCCACCAUUCAGGAGCUUUGUGGAGCGUUGCGGGCAAUGUGACCCGUCAACCAGUGAGGACUCCAUUCGGAGAGCCAACACUGCUCUGGACAGGAUAGUCAACUUGAGUGCGAGAGUGCUGAACGACAGAAUUUUCGAACAUAUCAGGCCCUUCUUUGAUAAACUGAUUAAAAAGAAAUGGCUGAGCAGCACAGAGCCUUUUGAGCAAAUCGAAGGACACAUAAAAGAGCACUUCAAGAGGUUUCGCAGGAUGGACAAUCCACCCUACGAGGUACUGGUGGUGGAGGUGCACCGGCGUGUGAUGACUGAAUAUAUCCGGGCCAUCAUGAGGGGCAGAAUAAUUUGCACAUCACUCAAAAUGAGAAAGAGAAUGGCUGGCCGUCUCCGUGACGAGGGAAAGCAUCUAAAAACUCUCUUUAAAGAGUUGGAAUCCUCUGCCUCAUGGCUUGACAGUGCUAUUCCUCACAUAUCAGAGAUAAUUCUCCUGGAGGACACUCCCUCCAUCCAAAUGGAAGUUGGCAUGCUGGUACGGGAAUUCCCUGACAUACGGAGGAAACAUGUCUCUGCCAUACUAAAUAUCCGUGGGAUGACCCGACAAACAGAGAGGCAGGAGAUCUUGAACAUAGUAAAAGACAUCGAGAACAGCGACAGCCUCAUGCGGGUGUCUCGUGACAGGGCUCUUUUCGCUGAAGUGCCGGUGACAUCAGAAGUGCAUUGUCUAAAUGUAGGUUUGAGCCGCAUCGCCCUCACCGCUUCAUCACUCUUCUCCAGCAUGCGGACCCAGCGCAGGAGGACUCCAACCAGGGAAAACCAGGAUGACAUGCUGUAACCCAGGGCAAAAGCUCUUGAGCUUCUCAGAAGGGUUUCUUAUGAAGUCUUCCAGCACAUAUUGUGCACUGGAGCUCAGAACAGAGAACAUGACAGCAUUAGUUGGCAUCACUACAGUCGUUUUUGCACAGCAAACUGUGGAAAGGCUUGUUUGAGAUAUACAGUGUGUACCGUUUCAGUGGAAUUGGAAAAUGUUAUUUUCUGAAAAUACUGUAUCGUUCAAGUCUCAUUGAACUCUAUCACUGCACAGAAGGCAGAAGUGACAUUAAGCAACUGUCUCUAAGAAAUGUCUUUUAAGAUCGUAAAGUGCAGGAGUCACAUGAGUGUUUGUUGUAAAAAUCAACUACUGAUCAAAACACUGUUCAGUUUUGAGAACUAAGAAAUAUAUAAAUUAGGAAGUAGGAAGUUUUUUCCUCUGAAUCAUGUCUUGUCUGUCUUAACCUUUUGACAGUAAUUGAUUGGGUAAUUAUGUUUUUAUUUUUAGUUGCACAUGACUGAAGACUGAUUUUAAGGUACUAUGCAAUUGCAGUUGUCUUUGAUCUUUCAAAAAAGAAUUGAUCAUAUUUAAAUGAAUAAUUUCAUGAUCCAGUCAUCUGUUAUCUUGUCAUAAAAGAUAAAUGUAUUUUU